ACCGCCGCGGAAGUUUCCACCUCCACGGCGUCCACGGCCCUCACCGUCAAGACGGCCGCAGCCGGGAGCACGGACCAGGUCUUUGAGCCGGCCAACAGCUUGCCUUCCCGGAGCGAGUCGGCCGCCGUCCAGCCCGUCAUCGGGAUCGGCCAGAGGGUGAAGAUGAGGCCCAACGAGAAGAAGGAUCUGGGCACGCUGGGCUACGUGCUGGGGCUCAUCAUGGUGGUGAUCAUCAUCAGCAUCGGAGCAGGAAUUGUCGUGGGCUACGUCUACAAGAGGGGUAAAGACCUGAAGGAGCAGCACGAGCAAAAGGUGUACGAACGUGAAAUGCAGCGGAUCACGCUGCCGCUCUCGGCUUUCACCAACCCCGCCUGCGAGCUGGUGGACGAGAACAUGAUUGUGGUGCACUCCAACCAGACCCCCGUGGAGGACGUUCACGAAGGGGACGCGCCCCUGAUGGCGCAGGCGGGCACUCCCGGCGCUUGAAGAAGAGGCGCCAAGGGACCCGGGUUGGACUUCCAGAAGCCACGGCUCCUUUCUCCUCACCACGCAGCGGGAGAGCACAUUUGUAUUUUUUCCCCCUGUUUGGGGAGGAGCCGAGAUGGACCCCUGGCGCCUUCGAGGGGCGUGGACCAGCUCAUCCACCAUUGUUAUCCAUUGAAGGGAGCUGAGCCCCAGCUGUGCGGAAGGGAGCUCGGACAGCGGAGGGGGCCGGGCCCUCCCCGGUCACCACGCCUUCUCCGUGGAACAUGGCAACGGAAGCCACCCUGUGCUGGCCACAGGUGGGAGCUCCCCGGACGGUCUGUGGUCUCGUCGGUGUCAAUUUUUGCUUUUUUUAAACUUUUCUUUUGGUGCCUGCAGGGCCUUUUAAAGGGAGGGGGCUGUACAGGAGACGUAAGCCUAACCCCCCCCUCCGAGGACGCCAGUAUUUGAUCAUUUGAAUGUAGACCGGAUCCCCGUUUGUGUUUGCGCAAGGCGGCAGCUGUGGGAAAGGCAGCAUCUGUCGAGUUUUAUCUGCAGAUCCUUGACCCUCCCGUUCCAGAUACAGCCCAGCUUCCCGAAUGUGAGCAGGAUCAAGCUGAAGCCGAAGGUGGCUUUUCCUGCCUCGGCCCAAGGAGACGGAUCGUUUCGCAGCAGCUUUCCCCGUCCAGAGCACCCUUCCACCAUCUCUGCCUCCUCCUCCCCGGGGUCGGGCAAGGCUAUUUUUUAAAAAACAUGUUGUCGAGAGGGAAAGGGAAUUUCUUGCUCUGCUGGGAGCUUUUGUUGACUCCAUCUCGGAGGGCAGGGAAGAGGGACAGGAAUGGAGCCUUCCCUCCCCGUCCCCCGGGGACCACUCCAGCCAUGCCAGGGCUUCUCCGAAGGACCAAGCCAUCUCUGACCUCUCAUCUGUAGAGGCCCAUUAAGCAUCCGGGGACAGGGGCUGCCUGCAAACCAGCCACGGGUUCGUCCGCCCUGCAAGCAAGCGGGGAUGGGGACUCCAGGCGGGAGACGCCCUUUCGGCGCAAAAGGUAGAAAAAAACACACUCAAUGGCCUCCGGGCCCUGAGCCUUUGCACCCGGGGGGAGUGUCGAGGAGAGGCUGUUUUUGCAAUUGGGGGCCCCCCUCCCUCCCUAGCCAUC